GAGGCCCUGCCCGCCUCCCCCCCGCACCGCGCAGAGAUCCGGGCUGGCACGUCCCAAGGAAGGGCCUGUCAACCUGGAGCUGCAGAGACCCUCUGCAGGGAAACGGGGACAGAGCAGCUCCCUGACACCUGGGCCAGGCCAGCUGCAGAAGGGGCGGGGCAGGGCAGGCCUGCAAAGCAGGGGGAGAGCAUGGAGCUCCGGGAGGUGUUUGAGGACGUGGCAGUGUAUUUCACAUGGGAGGAGUGGGAGCUGCUGGAAGAGGAAGACAAGGAGCUUUACCGGGACCAGAUGCUGAAGAACUACCAAGCCCUUGUUUUCCUAGGAUAUCAAGGUCCCACACCUGACUUACUCUGCCGCAUCUGGUCAGGACAGGUGCAGCUCUGGGUGUGUGACGAUGAGGACUGUGGGGAAAUCUCGAGGUCGGAGGACCUGCUGCCAGGACAUGCCUGGUUGCUGAGCAGAAGUGAGGAGCAGGCUCCUGAGGAAGGGCCUGGAAAGCUGGAGCCAGCCUGGGCUUCCCUGGGGAGUAUGGGUGAGGUGGAUUCCCUGAGCCCAGCGAAGGACCAAUGGCACAAGGAUCAGGGGAUGCCCCAGAAGCAGGAGACUGUAGCAAUGAAUGCGGUCCCAUCUCUAGUUGGGCAUUGGAGUGAAGACGGGAAAGAAGCCAGAAAAAUCCCAAGGUGCAGGGAAGAAUAUGUCGUGCUGAGACACCUGAAGAGGCAGAAAGCAAAGGUCCACUGGAGAGAGAGACUAGAUGCAAACCAAGUCAGUAUGGGGGGCCUCAGAGGGAAGCAAGAACUCACUACCAAGCCCAGGGGGAGAGCCCACCCCUGCCCUCAGUGCAGGGAAAGUUUUAGCUGCCCCUCACUCCUGACUCUGCACAAGAUAAGGCACUCUGGGGAGAAGCCUCAUGUAUGUGCCAAGUGUGGGAAGAGUUUCACCUGCCUCUCGACCCUGGCUGCUCACCGCCAGAUCCAUUCUGGACAGCUCCCCCACCGCUUCACCAAAAGGGGGAAGAGCUUUGUGCGCAGCUUGGAGCUGUUCAAAACCCAGGAUGUGCACAGGAAGAAGUGUCAGUACCGCUGUGUCACAUGUGGUAAGACCUUCACCCAUUUCUUCUCUCUGGUUCAGCACUGUCGGAUGCACUUGGGAAGGAAGGCACACUGCUGCACCAAGUGCAGGAAGAACUUCAUCAGCUGGCAAGGCCUGUUGUACCACCAGUGUGUGCAGAGGGGGCAGCAGCCACACUGCUGCACGAAGCGUGGGAAGAGCUUCAGGCAGCUCUCCAGCCUGACCAAGCAGAGUUGCAUGCACACAAGGGAGAAGCUACAUCAUUGCUCUGUGUGUGGGAAGAACUUCAUCUCCUCUUCCAAGCUGGCCCAGCACCAGGUUAGCCACACAGGGGAGAAGCCAUAUCAGUGCUCUGAGUGUGGGAAGAGCUUCACGUACCACUCCCACCUGGCCAAGCACCAACAUGUCCACACAGGGGAGAAGCUAUAUCAGUGCUCUGAGUGUGGGAAGAGUUUCAGCAUCCCCUUCUGCCUGGCCCGGCACCAGCGCAUCCACACAGGAGAGAAGCCACAUCAGUGCUCUGUGUGUGGGAAGAGCUUCACCCAGUCCUCCCACCUGGCCCGGCACCAUCGCAUCCACACAGGGGAGAAGCCAUAUCAGUGCUGUGUGUGUGGGAAGAGCUUCACCCAUUCCUACAGCCUGGCCAAGCACCAGAAUGUCCACACAGGGGUGAAGCCUUAUCAAUGCUCUGAGUGUGGGAAGAGUUUCAGCAUCCUCUCCAGCCUGGCCCAGCACCAGCGCAUCCACACCGGGGAGAAGCCAUAUCUGUGCUCUGUGUGUGGGAAGAGCUUCACUCGGUCCUCCUACCUGGCCCGUCACCAGCGCAUCCACAAAGGGGAGAAGCCACAUCGUUGCUUUUAGUGUAGGAAGAGCUUCACCUACUCCUCCAGCCUGUUUUGAACACCAGUGAGUCUACACAGGGGAGAAGCUACAUGGGUGCUCUGAGUAUUGGAAAGGCUUCACCCAUCUCUCCCAGCCAUCCUGGAAUCAGCACAUCCACACUCAGAAGCAUCCCUAAUUCUGCCAGCAGUGCAGGAAGGGCUUGGAGAUGUCUGCCUGCUCAGCACCCACCAGUGGCCGCAUUCAGACAAGCACCCUCAUGCUGGUGGACUGCAGAAAGAGUUCCCCCAGGCUUUGUCCCUUGUAGGGUACAGUGGGAGUCCAGAGCCCAGAGGCUGGCCCCCAAGGUACGAUUGUCAGCGGGGGGGUGUUAAGAGGAAACACCUCAGACAGAGGUCAGCCCCGAUGUGGGGUGAGGAGGAGAUGAUCUUUGCAUCAACCUUGGAGCCUGUGCAUUCCCCAUCAUUCUCUAAAAGUACUCCCAGGGGAAGAAGUGCCUUCAUGCUAGGGUGCCCUCCCCCAGACAGCUGACUUCAAGUGACACCCGGGGACUUUUCUUGGCUGCCUCCCAGCUUUCUCCUUCCUCCCAGUCCAGGGGUUCUGGUAUAUGAGCCCCUGAGUUGCAGGGAGGAGUGCAUUUAUGGCUGGGGAAGCAUUCCCUACCCUCCUCCCUGACCUCACCUUUCCUCACCACCACAUCUCCCCUCUCCCAGACCUGCCCAUGCCCAGUGGGGUCUGCAAGGAGUUGCUUCUGCCACUCCUGGAGCCUUUUUGGCCUGUUUUGCUUUUCAGCCUCUGCAGAGCUGUGCACCACAGGGUGUGUGCUGCUCCCCUGCCCUCCUCCCCUUCAUUGUAUUCUCUCUCAUGCAUUCCCUGCUACUAAAGCCCCAGAACUGAGCAUACCACCCCUGUGGUUGAUCUCUGUGUCCUCUCUGGAGCUGUGCAAUGGGAACAGACCCAGGCGCGCAAUCCUUUCCAGGGCAGAUCUCUCUGUGACUUCCCAGCCCCUUCCCUUUCUAAAUGAUUCACCACAAUCCAAAGAUUGUUGCUAACCCUUGGGAGCAAGAGGUGGUCUGAUCUACCCACCCUGCUGCUUCCUGACUGGCUGCUCCCACCCCUUUUGCCCUCUUCCCACAGCAGGACGCAGAGCUGGGUGAGCCAGCACCACAGCGUGAGCAAGUCUGGGCGAGCAACUGGCCAGUGGCUCAGCAGGUGCCCCAAGCCAGCACCGUCUGACCUGUUCUUGCCCUCACCCACCACAACCACCCAUCUGCACCAUGGAGGUGACGGGAGGAGUGGGGGGCAGUCUGUGCAUGGUGCCAACUCCAGUGGGGUGUGUCCCCACCCUUGGGAGAGCAGGUUUUCCACAACAGUGACAGCACCCCUGCCAGCAUGCCUGCAACAUGUAAUGCUGGGGCAGGUAUUAGAGUCAGGACCGGUGGUGUGUGCUGGGCCUGGGGUGGGGCAUUGGGCACA